AUGGAAGAUUUCCGUGACCGGAGAUUUGGACUGGCCAGUACGGUGGGAUUUGCGUGUAGCCUGAUGCUCACAUGGGAGGCCUUUCUGAUUAACUUCGGCGUAGGGUUGCCAAAUGGAGGCCCAGCGGGUUUGGUCUAUGGCUAUAUCGCCGUAUGGAUUGGCUUCGUCAGCAUAUUCACUGCCUUGGGAGAGCUGGCGAGCAUGAUUCCCUCGGCUGGAGGGCAGUACCAUUGGGCGAGUAUCCUGGCGCCCGAGUCCUCGAAGCGCUUUAUCAGUCAUGUUACGGGCUCAAUCUGCAUCAUCGCCUGGACAGCUGUUCCAACAGGCGCAGUGUAUGUCGCGGGAAGUAUUUUGGUAAAUGCAGUGUCCAUGAGCCGCCCCGGCUACGAACCACAAGGCUGGCAUGUCACUCUGAUUAUGUGGGGUAUUCUGCUGAUUUGCGCCAUUCUGAACACCUGGCUGGGGAUGAUUCUCCCAGUGCUGGAGGUCUUCAUAGGCAUCAUUCAUGUGCUGGGCUUUUUCGCCGUCCUCAUACCGAUUGCCUAUCUAGGGCCCAAGGCUGACGCCAAAUCAGUGUUUGUCCAAACAUUCAAUGUCGGCGGCUGGCGUGAUAUCACACUCGCCACGCUCGUGGGGCUGAAGGGGAUCGUGGGUGCUUUUCUAGGCACGGAUGGAGUGGUUCAUAUGGCGGAGGAGGUUGCCAAUAGUAGCCUUGUGGUCCCACACUCGAUGCUAUUUGCAAUCGCCAUCAACGGAGUUCUGGGCUUCGCGAUGCUGAUCGCCUUUCUCUUCACGGCGGGCGACCUCUCCGCCAUCCUCAAGUCCGAAGCGACGUAUCCCUUCAUGCCGAUCCUCGAGCAUGUCACCCAAAGCACGGGGGCCGCCAUUGUGUUCGCAAGCAUGAUCGCGAUCAUGCAGGCGUGCUGCGGCCUCGGGGGGAUCUCCUCGGGGAGUCGCAUGCUGUGGGCUUUUUCGCGAGAACAGGCUCUUCCCGGCUGGCGAUGGAUUCUCCAGCUCAACAAACGAACCUCCGUGCCCUUCCACAGCAUCUCCGUGAUCGUCAUUGCCGCCGGCCUCAUUGGGCUCAUCAACAUCGGAUCCUCCGUGGUCCUGAAUAUCGUCCUCUCGCUCCUCAUGGAGGCUUUCUUCUUCUCCUACAUCAUUCCCCUCUCCCUCCUCCUGUACCACCGAGUCAACGGCCACAUCUCUGCGCCGCAGCCCGGGGGGGAUCCCAAAGGCUUUGUCUGGGGUCCCUUCCGGGUUCGGGGAUGGCUGGGGAUCGCGAACAAUGUGUUCGCUCUGGUGUUUUCUGCGAUCGUAGUGAUUUUCGGGUUCUGGCCGGCCAGCAGCCACCCGACACCCUCCGAUAUGAAUUACAGCGUGGCGAUCUUCGGGGGGGUGCUGAUGCUGGCAGUGGUGUAUUAUCUGGGCUGGGGGCGCAAGCAUUAUAUGGGGCCCUUGGCCGAGGUUCAGGUUCAGGUUCAGGUUCAGGUUACGACUGAAUCCGUGGAGCAACAGGGGGCGGGGGAAAGUUUGUGA